UUUUCUUGAGGACAAACUUUUGUGGUGUUUUUUGCGGACAUUUUUCGGGGACAGUUUUUGCAGUCCUCUUUUUUCAGAAGUUUCUUGCGGACAAUUUUUUGUGGAGAUUUUUGCGGACGGAUUUUUGCAGAAAAUAUUUUCGGACGAUUUCCUGCGGACAGUUUUUGCAGAUAAUUUUUGUGAACAAUUUCUAUGGGGAUUUUUGCGGACAUUAUUGUAGUCCGCAAAAUUUGUCCGCAAAUAUUUUUUUUAAUUUCUAAAAAUAUUUAGUUUAGAUUUUUAUAAAUAAAUAAUGGCCAGCAACGACGAAAUCAAGUCUAACAGCAACACAAUCGCUGAUCCAAAAACUAUAAACUCUUCGCAGCCAGAGACGCUUUUCUGUGAAUACAAGGAUUGCAAGUUUCGUUUUGAUAUAAAUCUCUCCUCAACCCAAAGACAAGUCCAGUCUGGUGACCACGAACUCUUAAUGGAAUUGACUACAAAAGAUGGGCAACGUCGCGUGUUCAGUCUGGAUGUGCACGCUUUGGCAUUUUUACAUGAACAAUUGGAAAAAGUUGAGCAGGCAUUUCCUCGAUGUUAUGUUUACAAUAAAUGA